AUGUGCCGGGGCAACACGAUGGAGUCUAUGGCAGAGUCUAUGGCGCCUCGUUGCGUGGUCCUUGUCGACCCCUACUCCACUGGAGCUAUGUUGGCUCCUGAGCUUGAUCUGCGAGGCUACGCAGUGAUUGCCCUCUGGACCAAGGAGUGUGGCGAGAACCGCGGCCACUUGCCUAAGGCGGCCAAGGGCUUUCCAGAGAAGUUCCUGGCAGAGGUGGACGAGCAAGACACCUUGGCCCUCACCGCCGACGCGCUGCGCAAGGCGGCGAACUGCAGCGAACCGCUGGCGUUGAUCUGCGGCGGUGAGACGGGCGUGAAGGUGGCAGAUGCUUUGUCGGAGCACAUGGGGCUCCGGGGCAACACCACGAAAGGUGGCAUGGCGAACCGCCGCGACAAGCAGGUGCAGCAGGAUGCGGUGAAGGCCUUCGGCUUGCGCUCCGUGCGCUCUGUGUGUGGCAGGGCCUGGGAGGAGGUGAAGGACUUUGCGGAGACGGAGGUGCUGCCGAUGAUUGUGAAGCCUGUGGAGUCUGCAGGCUCUGAUGGGGUGAAGCUUUGCCACAGCCUAGCAGAGGUGGAGGAGCACUUCCAGCUGCUCAUGACCUCUCAGCGCAAGUGCGGUGCCCAGGGGGCAGCUGUCUUGCUGCAGGAGUACCUCAAGGGCACGGAGUACAUCGUGGAUCACGUGUCCCGUGAUGGUGUGCACAAAACCACCAUGGUCUGGGUCUACGACCGCCGCCCUGCCAAUGGCGCUGGCUUCGUCUGCUUCGGGCAGCAGUGCGUGUUGCCUGACAGCCCUGUGGCCCAGGAACUCAUUGCCUACACCCGGGGCUGCUUGGACGCGCUGCGCAUCACCGAUGGUGCCACUCACACGGAGGUGAUGAUGACUGAGACCGGGCCCUGCUUGGUGGAAGUCAACAGCCGCUGCCACGGGGCCGCGGGUUCCUGGAUGCCCUUGGCACGAGCCAUGACUGGCUACACGCAGGUCGAUGCGUGCGUGGAUGCCUUUCUGAGUGCUGAGGCCUUUGAGCGCCUUCCUGACGUGCCACCUCCGUUUCUGGCAUCUGGGCAGGUGUCCAUGCUGGUCUCAUACCAUGAGGGCCAGGUAGAAGCCACGCAGUUUCAGAAGGUUCGAGAGCUCCAGUCCGUGGUGUUCCUGGAGGAGAAUCUUCAUGCAGGCCAUCGCGUGGAGAAGACCAUCGAUGUCUUUAGCCUUGUAGGGAUGUGUGUCCUGGUGCACUCCGAUCCGGUUGUCUUGGCCAGUGAUCUGGAUUGCAUCCGCCAGAUGGAGCACGAAGGCUCCCUUUUCGUCUUGGCCAACUGA